AUCAUGGAGCCCGGCACGUACAUCGCCAUCGCCCAAAUCGCUUUCCAAGGCGCCUGUGUCGCGGUCAAGGCGUUUCGAAAUGGGCUCAGUUUCAGCCAGGAUGCAGAGCGACUCGUGCUUGGUCUCGAAGUCGAGCGGUUCCGCCUUCACAUCUGGGGCGAGAAUGCCGGCCUGGCACCUCCAGAAGGGCAGCCGGUAACGCUUCCCAAUCGGCUGCUUCCGAUAUGCGAGAUCCUGAAGGACUAUCUUGAGCAAAUCGAGCGCUUGGUCAAAGACGCCGACGACCUGACCAACCGGUACGGACUGCUGCCGACUCAGGAGGCGCCGACCAAGUCUGCGCUGGUUCGACAGCUCGUCGACCGGAUGCAGCGGUCCAUCCAAUCAUCCAAGGUCAAGUUGGCGGCCGUGGGAGCGACAGAGGACGAGGAGGAUGAAGAGCAGAAGAAGGAGGCCGAGAGUGGCCAUCUCGUAGCCCAAGCGGCGGCAGGACAGGAUGAUGUGGGCCUCAGCAGCCCGAGAAGGACAACAUCGACCUGGAAGAAAAUCCGCUGGGCUGUUCGAGACCUCGAGAAGUUUGAAUGCCUGGUUAAGGACCUGGGGCAUCGCAUCAACAAGCUUAACGACCUCCUGACAGAGGCGCAGCAACGCAAGACGCGGGAGGACAACUACCGCGUGAACAUGGUUGUUGUCGGCAGCGCCGUCGACGAAGCAUCACUCGAAUUAAUCCGCGCCGCCGUGCGAGGAGAGCCUGACACCUCGCAAGUCCGCGCCGCCGUCGAGCGCAAGGCUUUGACAGUCGGGCAAGGCAUGACUACCGAGUCGACGCAAACUCAGCGUGCCCCCCUGUCGCUGGACAUGUUCUUUCUUCCCAAUAAUUUCGGCAGCAAAGAAUUCGCCAGCGUCAAGCACUUCGUCACCGUCAAGCGGUCCGACUCGGCUUCCAACCCGUCUUACUACCUCUUGGAGCGCAAACCCUUCGACCCUAGCAUCCUCGACGCCGAUAAGGACCGCCUUGCCAGCCGCAUCCAGCGCCUCGUCUUACUCCUUCAGCGGCCCAAAUCACCCGACUUCCGCACUCCAAAAGCCGAAGGAUGCAUCCAUGAUCCCGGCAACUCGUGCUGGUGGAUCGCCUUCCAAUACCCCCUCCACGUCGACCCGCCCACUCUCGGAAAGACGCCAGACAGCACCCACAUUGCCACCCGCCGCCUCCUAUUAUCCAAGCCCAAGGACACACCGGUCUCCCUCCUCACCCUCCUCGCCCCGUCCGCCAAGUUCCGCCCUCCGCUGGAACAGCGCCUCGCCCUGGCCAGCGCCUUCUGCACCACCCUUUCGGAACUCUACCUCUCCGGCUGGCUUCACAAAAGUAUCCGCAGCGAAAACAUUCUAUUCCCCCACGCUGGCGCAGUCCUCCACCCGCCGCCGUACUCGUACGCCCCGGAGCAGAUGCAGGCCAUCCUUUCAACCCCGUUGGUCUGCGGAUUCGAUUACACGCGCCACGAGAGCGAGUGGGCGACUGUUGAUCGGGCGCGGACGCGGGGGCAGGUGGCCGCGGCGAUUUAUCGUCACCCUGACUACCAGGGAGAGGCGGCGGAGGGGUACAAGGUGCAGUAUGAUGCCUAUUCGGUUGGGCUGGUGUUGGUGGAAAUUGCGGUGUGGAUGCCGCUGAAGGAGAAGUUUCUCGAGGCGACGAAAAAGUCGUUGUCCUCGUCGUCGGCGUCCUCGGCAUCGGCGUCUGCCUUGGGUAGUGACUUUGCUCCACAAAGUAGUAGGGCCACCAGCAGUGGUGUGGAGCUGUCAGGGGACAUGGACGUGUUCCAUGCGCCGCACGCCGUCGAGUUGAAGAGACGGGUGAUACACGUGGUGGAGUCGGAGCUCGCGUUUCGGGUCGGCUCACUUUACUAUCGCGCUGUCAAGUUUUGUCUCGAGUUCGCGGACAGGCAGCCCGACCCUGGGGUGGCGGAUGGUGGUGAGGUCGGGGUACACCCAGCCAUGGCGUUUUACGACAAUGUUGUUGUGCCGUUGGCUGGGUUAGUGCAGUGA